CUUUUUUUACAGCUUCUAUAUCUUGCUCGCUUGUGUCGAAUACUUCGGUGAUCGUGGUGUUGACCAAAAAACUUCUUGGAACAAGAUUUCUCGAUUCUGUCGAAGCCUUUGUGUGAUGUGUAUCGUGCGACGACGGAUUCAGCCGUAAUGCACUGUCGAUCACAACAUUGAUGAUGGGUCUGCCCCCGCUCGAGUUCACGGAUUGCCUUACGGACAGCCCAUACUUCCGUCAAGAUCUUCUAGCCCAUGAGAAAGAACUCGAGCGUACCAGCACUUCCAUCAAGGGCCUAAUCAAAGAUGUCAAAGAUCUGCUGGCAAAAGCUCGUGAAUUAUCCCGUGCUCAGCGUGUUCUUAGUCAGACUUUAAUCAAUUUCAAAUUUGAGUGUAUCGGCUCGUCUCAAACUGACGACGAAGUUGUCAUUUCAAAUUCUCUGAAAGAGUUGGGGAAGCUCGUUUCCGCUAUUGAAGAUGAGCGCGAUCGGAUGUUGGAACAAGCUUAUGAUCAAAUCAUUCGACCUUUGGAAAAGUUCAGGAAAGAACAAAUCGGCGCAGCGAAGGACGGGAGAAAAAAAUUUGAGAAGCAAACAUCAAAAUUUGUGCAAAGUCAGGAACGUUACCUCAACCUGUCUACGCGGAAGCAAGAGCUCGUGUUGCAGGAGGUAAGUAACAUUGAAUGGAGCUAA